AGCGGAGUAAAAGGUAAGACACACAGAGGAAAGAAGGAGAAAGACGACAGCUGAAAAGGGAAAGGAAAGUGAUAAUGUUUCCAGCAGGAUUGCCUGCGUGAAGAGGAAGCUGAGUUUCAGGUGAGGGAUAGCUGAAGCGUAGGUGUAGAAGGGGAUGGAGAAGCAGCAUUCCUGACUGCACUGUUACAGAACGGGACGAGAAAGAGGGAAAGCAGUUAAUGUGAAAUCCAGAUGCCUUAGGGACCAACGGAGGGUCAAACCAAUCCACACACACACGCACACACACACACAGAGAAAACACUCCAUCCUUUCAGUGACUCUCUCCUUCUCAGACCUCAGGACCUCACUGGCUUUACAAGUCAGCAAACAUCAACAGGACUAGAACAUCAACUGGAUACUCUUUGUUUUUGUUUUCUUGUAAAACUUCUUUCCUCCCAGCAGUCAAACCUAAAGGACUGACUUUUUGGGUCUGAAACUUUUCUCUUUUUUUUUGUUUUUUUUUGUUUUCCCCUGUUCUGAAGGAAUUUCCAGGUGUGUUCAUGGCGUGAGGGACCAGACAGCCAUCCAGUCAUGGCGCUGUGGUGGUGCGCCAGGAUCGUCUGCAGGUCGGCUGCAGCGUGGUUUCCCCUGCUCUUCACGUCCCUGCUAUGGCAAAUGAUCUUUCCCGUCCAUGCCGGCCCGUCCUGCCCGCGGAGCUGCAGCUGUCCAGGCGUUAAAGAGGUCCACUGUACGUUCAGACACCUCACCGCCAUACCUAAAACCUUUCCUAAAGACACGGAGAGGCUCAACCUGGGGUACAAUAGCUUCACGGAGGUAGAGGGGUCAGAAUUCAGGUCACUGCGGCAACUGGAAAUGCUCAUGCUGCAUGGCAACGACAUUAGCACGGUCCAGCCCGGGGCGUUUUACAGCCUGAGAUCACUACAGAUCUUGAAGCUGAGCUACAACAAGCUAACAUCUGUAAAUCAUGGUCUGUUCGAGGGUCUAGUUGGUUUGGUUCGUCUCCAUCUGGAUCACAACCUUAUAGGGUUUAUAGAGCCGUACACCUUCUCUGGCCUGACUUCCCUUAAACUCCUGCAGCUGGAGGGGAAUCUUCUGAAAGAGAUCCACCCUCAUACCUUCAUAACAGUAUCACUACUAGGACGCUUUUGGACCUCUGGACUCAAACACUUACACCUAUCAGACAACCUGAUGGAGCAGCUCCCUGCCUCGGCACUGAAGACAGCUCCUAGGCUCGAGCUCCUCUCUCUGCACGGUAACCCCUGGACCUGUGACUGUCAGCUCCACUGGUUGGUAGAAUGGAGCUCCACACAUGAAGGAGUCAUAAAGUGUAAGAAGGAACGUGGCUCCAGUGAGACAUGCCCCCAGUGUGCCUCUCCUCAACACCUGAAUGGUACACUCUUGCUCGGGUUAACUCCGAACAAACUUACUUGCGAACGACCAGAUCUUCGCUCACCCCUCAAACAGUGGGACAAUCCAGUGUGGGCUGAAUCUGAAGCGGAGCCUGACAUGCCAUACACCCGGGACUUCGAAAAACCAUUAGGCCACCUGACCUUUGUUCUCUCUGACGCCCAUUCGAAUAGUGCUCACGUGGCGUGUGAUGUGCGCCAUCCUGGGGACAGCUCACCUAUGACGUGGACAGUAAAUCCACGUUCACCCGGGGAGUUAUCUGUCAAUGUGUCGCUAAUCACUGUACUUGAGUGUGAGAUCGAUCGAGAGAUGCUGCAAAAUCUGUGGCAAUUAGUUGCAUAUUACUAUGAAAGCCCUGCAAUUUUGGAGAGAGGCCAACAGAGGGGAAACGCAAGCAGAGUUACGUAUCAGUAUUCCCAAGCCAUCAGUGAAAACUCCCCUUAUUUCACAGAAUUAAAAGGGUAUUUAGUAGCAGAACCCUCAUGGCUGCUUCAACCCAGAGUCACUUUGAAACUCAAUAGGAAGCAGACAACUACCAAGAAGCUGGUAAUGGAUUUCACUACUUUAAUUAUGAAGGACAUCAACAGCCAUAGGCCGGACGAUGACAAUGACCUAGCUGCCUCUUGGGCACUAAUUCGCAGAGGGGCAGCAGGGCGGCUUCAGAGUGCUCUCGAGGGUUCGAAGGUUAAUUUGGAGUGCAACGUCAUUUCUUCUGAUCCAGGGGUGAAAGUGGAGUGGAUGCUUCCAGAUUUGUCCAUUGUGGAGGACAACACUGACAAAGUAGACAUUUCGGAAAGAGGGCAACUUGUGAUUUUAAAUGCAACAUUUUCUGACUCAGGUGUCUACUACUGUGUUGUCAAAACGAAAUCUGGUGUGGACUUGAUGCCUAUAAGGCUCACUGUUAAACAACGCUCUCUCAGCCCCACAGCUUUCAAUGGUCAGAAGAUUACAGUUGAGAGAGGAGACUCUCUUUCUCUUACUUGUGAGGUGACCUCAGUUCAGCCGAGCCAAACUAUGUGGUACCUCCCCAAAAACAAAGUACUCCUCCCUACACAAAAGAUGAGAAGGGCAGAGGUGAUGGAAAAUGGGACUUUGGUGGUAAAAAAGCUGACACAAGAAGAUGCAGGAGAAUACAGCUGCCUGACCUCCAAUCUGUAUGGAGUUGACAUGCUCUCUCACAUGGUGGAAGUUGAAGGAGGAAAGACCUCGGAUAAAUCUGAGGUACAGAUGGAGAGAGAGAAGAAAAUCUUGCCGGCUGGUGUUGAGGAAGUUGAGGGUUCAGGGGGAGACUUUCAAGAGAUCAAACGUCCUUUUGCUACACAGCUCCCUGAGAAAGUAGCAACACAGCAAAGGAAUCCUAAUGGAUAUUGGAAAAGGAUGCGAAUGAAAGAGAGAAAACCCAAUAAAUCGGUUAAGGAAUUAGAUCCGAAUCGCUGGGCUGAGAUUUUGGCUAAAGCUAAUGCUAAACCAACAGUUCCUCUGCCCACAGAACACUCACUAGAUGAGCCCAGCACUGUAACUGCCCAAACAAGUACAUUCAAACCUACAACUACAAUUGCAAGUACAACUGUUUCUACUGCUGACAACUUAUACCAUACCACCACCCCUCCAGAAACUAGGAUAGACCCAAAAAUUCAUCCCAUCAACACAAACAGAAAGACUGAUGCCAAUUCAAAAUUAGGGGAUUACAGUAAAAUCUCUAAAACGUCAGAAAGUCGGCCAAGAGUUUUACAGCCUCCGUCUCCCAGAAGUACAGCACCGUCCCUACAGCAUGUUGGUGAGAUCAUAGAAAAGGCAGAAUCUGUCACAGACCCUCCCAUUAUUGAAGCUCAACAACCGCUCAAACUGCCAGAAAGCAAGCCCAGUGGAGAGGGAACAACAAACUUUGUUCCUGGUUGGUCAAACCGGAGAAGGCCUCCUUAUAGACGCAGGAGACCCCCAACAAUGAAAAGAAUCCGUCCACACAUAAACCCCCUCCACCAUUCAUCAAACAAGCCCCAAACAACAUUUUUGCCAACAACAACAACAACCACCACAACCACGACAACCACACCACCACCAACAACCACAACAACCCCGACUACUACUACUACAAAAGCUACCACUACUACUACGACGCCUGAUCCAACCACAGUGGAAAACCGAGAAACCAUAUCUGCGGAGUAUCAGACAGAGGAAGAUGAAGGUGACUAUUAUGAUGAAUAUAGUUAUAAAGAUAACGACAGUAAGGAAGAUUUAAACAGUGAAACCCUUCAUAACACUCUUGACAGUAGCACUACCUCCUUUCCACCAGUUAAGGAAAAAGAUUCCCAUAUUGGUAGCUCCUAUCAUUUACCUGAUCCAAAGACAACUGUGACUCUGGUGCUAGAUAAGCCUAAUUUGCAGGCUGCUGAAGAAAAUAAGAAAGUCAAUGUAAACCAAGAGAAGCCUGAGAUUAAAAUUGUAGAGCCUGAAAAACAAACAAAAGAAAAUGUUAGCAACAACAAAAAGCAUUCAGGAGAGAAUGAGAGGAAGGUUAUAAUAGCAGUGGAAGGGCAAGAAAAACACAAAACAGCCAUAGAAGGCAUCGAGAGAAACCCUGAAAAAUCAAGAAACGAGUUGGUUACACACAGCUACAAUCCAAGAGACAAAAUGCGGCUAACGACACAAAACAGACCAAGACCUAACACUCGACCUUCACCAGAGCAAAGUAUACCAACGCAUACAAGAACAUCACCCUCCAAGUCCUUCACGUCACAUUCGACAACAGGAAAAAAACAAGAAGUCACACAGAGAGGAGAUAAAGUCGUCAUUAAGCCAACUGUAAAGCCUGAAAUGCACAGUUACCCUAUAGCAGAGCCACUUCACCCCUGGCUCCAUUCGACCAACCAGGGAAGAGGACAAACUACCACUUCCAGGAUUACUCAUGCAAACCAAGACAAAAAUAAAGCAAGAAACGGUGAAGUGAGUCAAGGCAGGCAUUCCCAACCUCCCAGAGUCCCUCCAACCUCCCGCUGGUCUUCAUACCAUCAUCCUCAACAUUACUACCCUCUCUACCCCUCCUGGCCCAGUCAGCGGUCAUUUUCCCACCAAAGGCAAGGUCCUGGUUCACACCCUGCAGCCACCCAUCGACCCUGGCCUCUUCCACACCCUUGGGCUCAUGGCUCAUUAGUCACCAACCGACCAGAGAUUACAGCGGAAACAGUCAAACCCACACCUACUGUUUCUGGAGCAGGGAAGUCCAGACUCACACCACCCGACAGCCACCUGCCACACCUUCAUCGUCACGUUGAUAGCAGGACCCAAACAAGGGAUCAGCUGUUUCUAUCAAGGUUGAGGAACAGAUACAGACAGGCACAGAUCGAUCGUAUCGUUCAGCUAGGGAGGUUGGUGACACCCAAACCCCGCACUAACUUCAACAAUCCUCUACCCGCUAUCAUAACUAAACCCAACACACCCUCCCCACAUAGACCAAACAUCCACAGACAACCAACAACCACUGCUUCUUAUACUUACACGCAGCAGCCACCAAAGCCUGCAAAACCUCCAUCAUCAUCAUUCUCUGGUUUUGUUCCAACCUCUCUCCCCUACCACCCCAUCACAUCUGAGAGUUUGAAUGGAGGACGGUGGCCUGUUGGAGCGGGACGUAUCAGCUCCCGGCGUCCUACAGCUGCACCUCCAUUCCCAUGGCAGUUGGGAGAUAGAGGUGGUGGUGCCAAAGCCAGAAUCACCACAGUUACCCCAGCAAGUGUAUCGGUGCUUGCAGAGAGUGACGUGUUCCUACCCUGCAAAGCAACAGGGAAUCCUGAACCCAAUGUUGCAUGGACCAAAGUCUCCACAGGUGCCACCAUCCCAGCUAACACCAAGCAUGGCCCCCGUUUUGAAGUGUUAAAAAAUGGAACUUUUGUUAUUAAAAACAUCCAGCUUCAGGAUCGAGGACAAUACCUAUGCACGGCCCAGAACAGUUUCGGAUCAGAUCGGAUGGUCAUUACCUUGGCUGUGCAGACGGAGGCACCCAAGAUCAAACCACCUCAAUCCGCAGAACGGGCAGUCUACUUAGGAAAAAGUGUGACUCUUGAUUGCCUCGCUUCUGGAAAACCACCAGCCCAAAUCUCCUGGAUUCUACCAGACAGGACGUUUGUUCGUGAACCCGGACCUGUUCCCGCUCUUCUCUCUUCAAUGUCUCUGCUUCAGAAUGGAACCCUGCUAAUUCAUUCUGCCAACUUCUCCAGCAAAGGAGACUAUAAAUGUAUUGCAAGCAAUGCAGCAGGUGCUGAUACUAUCACUUAUAAUCUCCAUGUGGCAGCUCUGCCUCCGAGCAUAAGCGAAGGAGCCCUGGAUACUGUGAUCAUUCAGCCAGGCAGGAGUGUGUAUGUCCACUGCUCUGUGAAGGGCGAGCCAGUACCUGCUCUGAAAUGGAUGCUUCCAACAGCCAUCCAUGUUAAGCCAUCACAGUUUCUGGGACGCAGGCUGUUUGUUUUCCCCAAUGGGACUCUGUUUGUGAAGAAUGUAUUACCAUCUGAUGGCGGGAAGUAUGAGUGUUUAGCCACUAAUGCAGUGGGAAUCGCCAAGAGAACAAUCCAGCUGGAGGUGAGAGCAGAUGCCUCCUCCUUUUCCCGCCAGCCUCCUCCUGCACUUCCCAUCCCUCCAACCCAUCACCAUGUUAUUCCAUCCCGUCAACAUACUGUCUCCGCUAUGUAUGGCUCAGCUGUCUACCUCCACUGCCCUGAGUCAACCGGAUCUACAAGGGGGACUAUCUGGCAGCUGCCCUCCAAGACCGUCCUGGAGCAUCGAUACAGUCCAGAGAGACCAAUUAAAGUUUUCCAAAAUGGGACUCUGAGGAUUCUUCAACUGACCGAGCUGGAUGGUGGAAAUUAUCUGUGUGUCUUUCAGCGGCCUAAUGGAGAGGACAUGGAGCUCUUCCAGGUGGAGGUGUUAAUGACCCCUCCAAAAAUUGAACAUGUCAGGACUGCACAGACCAGGGUCACCUUUGGAGAAAAUUUCCAGGUGGACUGUGUUGCAACUGGCCUCCCUGAUCCAGAAGUUUCCUGGAGUCUCCCAGAUGGAACUGUAAUCAAUAACGCCCUUCAAUCGGAUGACAGCGGCGUCCGCAACCGCCGUUAUGUGAUCUUUGGCAACGGAACUUUACUUCUCCAGCAGAUGGGCAAAAAUGACGAGGGCGACUACACUUGUUAUGCCAAGAACAAAAUGGGCAGAGACGAAAGAAAAUUGAGUGUCAUUGUGGGACCUAAUGCUCCGAAUAUUAGAUUCAAAUCACAGUCACUUGUGACGGUAAAACUGGGAGAAUCCGCUGAAUUGAGUUGUCAGGCAACUGGUGAACCUGCACCGAGAAUCAUGUGGAUCUCACCAAGGCAGGAUGUGAUAGCGGUGUCAUCAGACAAAUUUCAGAUUUUGGAUGACGGAAUGUUAGUUGUGAAGAAAGUUACACUGGCUGAUGUAGGGAAAUAUGCAUGUGUGGCACGAAAUUCUGCUGGUGAUGAUGUUAAAAACACAAAAGUUGAGGUUGAAUCCCAGGAGCCCUUCAUUAAUGGCAAGAAAGGUAAGAGUACCACAAAGGUUUUGGGUGUUUCCUACCAGACAGCGCUUCUGGAUUGUAGAGUGGAAGGAAAACCUGAACCAAGUGUCUGGUGGGUUACUCCUUACGGCAGCUCUCUCACAACCCCUUAUCUUGGAGGUCGCUUCCAAGUCCACAGAAAUGGGAGCUUGGAGCUUAGGGGGGUAAGGAAAACAGAUGAAGGGGUAUACAAAUGUCUGGCCAAAAACACUUUGGGUGAUGCCACACUUUUAGUUGAAUUAGAGGUGGCAUCCAUAGCUGAGAAACCCAGCUUUGCCUUUCCUAAUAUUGAAAUCUUACCAAUAAAGCAAGAUGGCAGGGAACUGAUUCUUGAGUGCCCUGCUCGUGGCAAGCCAAACCCAGAGUUUUCAUGGGUGCUACCCAAUGGGACGAUGUUACCACCUGGUGUUAGACUCCAACGCUUCAUUCAUCAUUUUGGAAAUGGAACUCUGCAGAUCUUCCAGCCAGUGGCAGCUGAUAAGGGAGUGUACAGGUGCCUAGCAAAAAAUGUGGCAGGACAAGCGGAGAAACGCUAUGCCCUGGAGGCAGGCAGGAAGCCAACGAUCAGAGGAUUAACAGGUGGGAUGAAAAUCACAUAUGGUCUAAACCUGAACAUGCCAUGCACUGUGGAUGGCUGGCCGCAGGCAUCAAUCACAUGGACCCUACCCAAUGGUGCUGUUUUGGACAAACCUCAAACUAUUGGCCGGAUAUCUUUCCACGCCAAUGGGACCCUCCAGCUCAGGCAGGUGGCCAAAUUUGACAAAGGAACAUACAUCUGCAAAGCCUCCAACUCUUUUGGCUCGUCAGCACUGGCCUAUCCAGUGGCAGUGAUGGUAUUCCCCCCACAAAUCACCAGUACGCUGUUGUCCAUCACCAGAGUUAACCGGGGAUCACCAGUGACGUUGCAGUGUGUCGCGACUGGUAUUCCCAAACCCGAUAUUUCAUGGACGUUACCUGGACGCACCACACUGGUUCCACAUAGCCGGUACACGGUGCAAAGCGGGCUUUAUAUGACAGAGGAAGGCAGUCUGGUCAUACACAAUCCUAUGCUCACGAACUCUGGUAUUUACAAAUGCAAUGCCAAAAACGCCCUUGGAACAGAUUUCAAAUCAACAUAUCUACAAGUUGUUUGAGGGACAGUACAAAUACAGUUAAUCUGUAUCAGGGAAAGUCUCAUAGUGGGACUAAGACUCUAUGAGGAUUUUUCCAUCUAACUGUACACCACAAGUUUGCUCUGGAGGCAGAUCUAAAGCUGACCGGUGUCUUGAGAUAACACGCACUGCAGUUUCAAAUUAGGCCUCCACAUUGAACAAUGAACAUUUGCAAUUUGUAACUGCAGUUUUUUUAGGUCUGUGUUGUAGACACAACAACUUGGCCUGUUCCCCUGAAAAACGACUUUCAUUCUUGGCCUUCCACGUGGACGUAGUUUUAUAUUUUCCUAAGAACAAUAGAGCUUGUACAAUUUAUUUUCAAAAACAUUUUUUACUUUGGUGACAAAAUGCAAGUGAUAUAUGCUUAUGCUCGUGUCUCUUUGGAUUGAUAAAGCUAAAUGUAAUAUGUGCCCUUAAUCUGCAUAUUGUUAUCUAUGGUUGGGCACAAUUACAUAUUACGUAUAGAUAUUGUUUAUAACACAAAACUGAUGCAAGAAAAGACUUUUCUCUGCAAAGUUUACCAGAAAUAUUUCAGUAAAUUUUGUCAGCUUUACACCUCAUCAGCAGGCACUACUGAUGAAUUAAGCGUUGUUUUCUGCAGAUCUGUCAUAUGCUACUCUAGUCACGUUCAGUGGCAUAUUUUAUUAACUUUCACUGUCUCUUUCUAUGAGGAUACAAAUAUCCCCUAUUGUGUAAGGAAUUAAAUACAAAUUAAAUUAAA